CACGGCGAGUUCUGGGACCUGGUCGCCAUCACCGCCGCCGACGCGGAGCAGGAGCGGGCGUUCCGGCGGCAGCUGGGCGCCAAGCUGCGGGGCGGGGAGCUGCCGCUGGGUGUGCGGUACCACGUCUUCGUGGAUCCCCCGGGACGCAAAAUCGGAAAUGGUGGAUCAACACUUCAUGUUCUUCAGUGCCUGGAAAAUCUCUAUGGUGAUGAAUGGACUUCUUUUAUCGUGCUGCUAAUUCAUUCUGGUGGUUACAGUCAGCGUUUACCGAAUGCAAGUGCACUGGGCAAGAUUUUCACAGCCUUGCCUUUCGGCGAUCCUGUUUACCAAAUGCUGGAGCUGAAGCUCGCCAUGUACAUCGACUUCCCUAGUCACAUGAAACCAGGAAUUCUCAUUACUUGUUCAGAUGACAUAGAGCUUUACAGCACUGGCCCUACAGAAACGAUCAGGUUUGAUAAGCCUGGAUUUACUGCUUUAGCUCACCCUUCAGAUUUGACAGUUGGGACCACUCAUGGAGUGUUUGUUUUAGAUCCAUCCGGUCUCUCAGGAAAAGGAGGACUUGAAUACACAUCUUGCCGUCGUUUCUUGCACAAACCAGAUGUGGAGACCAUGCGCCGGUGCGGUGCAGUCUGCGUAAGGAGGAAUUCUUCUCAGCUGGAUUCCUUUGCUGACCACACUGACUGGGAAGUGGACUCGGAGUGCGUGUAUACAGACAGUAUAUUCUACAUUGAUCAUAGCACUGCAAAACAGCUACUGGCAUUCUAUAAGCAAAUCGAUACUCUGUGCUGUGAAAUAGAUGCGUAUGGUGACUUCCUGCAGGCCCUGGGACGUGGAACCACUCAAGAUUACACAAAAAAUACAAGUAAUGCCACAGAAGAGGAAUCACAGUUAGCAGAAGUACGGCAGAAGCUCUGUGCUCUUCUGAAAGGAACUUCACUUAAUGUCAUAGUCUUAAACAACUCUAAGUUCUAUCACAUUGGAACUACUCAAGAGUAUUUGUUCCACUUUGCAUCUGAUAGCAAACUGAAAUUUGAGCUUAACUUACUGCCUGAGGCUUUUAGCAUCUCUUCUGACAAAACUGAGGCCUUGGGUGGAUCAGCAAGUAUCAUUCAAAGCAUACUUGAGCCUGGGUGUUUUGUAGGACCUGGAUCCAUUAUUGAAUACUCCAGGAUUGGACCUGGAGUGUUGGUCGGGGAGAACUGCAUUAUUAGUGGAUCCUGCAUAAAUCUGGAAGUAGACGUACCUUCAAACUGUUUUCUGAGUUCGUUAAGUGUAAAAAUUGAUGAUCAGGUGAAGUAUGUAAGUAUGGUGUUUAGUGUAGAAGAUGACUUGAAAAAGAAUGUGGAAUUGCUGUCAGAUACAAAUUCACUACGUUUUUUUGGAGUCAGCCUACAAGAAUGCUUGGAGCUCUGGGGUGUGCAGCUUUCAGACCAGCUUUUCUCUGGUGAGAACUCACAGUUUGGGUUGUGGACUGCUAGGAUUUUUCCUGUCUGUUCUAGUUUAAGUGAGUCGGUUAGGAUGUCACUGAACAUGUUAAAUUCUGUGCAGCGUGCGUCAGCUUUUACACUGAAUGGCUUUAGGCUCCUGUCUGUUCAAGAAAUGCUUGCCUACAAAGAUGUAGAAGACAUGCUGAAAUUUAGAAAUCAAAUUCAUGAUGAAAUUUGUCUAAAAAGACAAAAAGAUAAAUCUGAUUUGUAGAAGGACUGGUGCUUGAACAAAUGUCCUGUCUUUAAGUUGUCUGCAAUUUAUGGAUGAUUUAUUACUUGCCAGUUUGUAGUGACUGUAAGCAAAAUGUACAACGGAUCUUUUCGGUGUUCCUUCUAAGCAAAAGCAGAAAAAGAAGGAGUGGAGACGUCUUGGACUGUCGUGUCUGGCACGUGGGUCAGCAGGCCAGUGCACACCAGGCACACAGAAAGUAAAAAUAUAGUAGUGUAUUUCUCUCUCAGAAUUCCUUUUGUGGAGUGAUGCUGUCCUGCUCAGGUGUGCUGGACCAACUGCAGCUGGACAGGUAAGAGGUGGCUGCUUCUGCUCACACUCCUGCACCAAAUGUGCCCUCUGAUAUGUGCUCACCGUUGUUCUCAUAAUGGAGUGGGUGUAAGUUUGAUUUACUGGGUAAGAAAUAUUAAACUGCUCUAAGUUUUUAUGCUACUCCAUGAUUCCCUUCGACAAUAAAUAUCCUUUUCUCUAAUUCUAGAAAUCAGGUUUUGGUUGAUGUUAGCCAUCAGCAAUGUCAGCAGUCUGAAUUUAUUCCACAGAUAUCAAAAUAUCUGGAUUUGUACUGUUUUUCAUUUUUAAAAUAAAAUCAGGUUUCGUGCAGUAUAUGUGAAAAACCUUAAAAUCAAUAUUUUGAUACAGAGCCCUGUUAACAAAUAUGCUUUUAUAUGUGUCCGUGUUCACAUACAUGUUCUGUAAUUUCAUUCUUGGAUUCUGCACUUAUUCAUAAGCACUUCUAUGUGUAAACUUCCACUUGUUUCCAGUGAGCCACAGAAACUGUGUGUGUUCUCAUUAAUUGUCUGAUGUACCCAUAACCUUUUCUUACUAUCAAUAAAAUAGUGGUGAUUUGCAGACAGUAGUGGAAAUGUCUAACAGAUUGAGGAAGUGGACCGUGCCGUGAGAAUGGCAGUGCGUGAUCGUGCUCUCGUUGAAUACCCUGACAGUAAGAGGUACUUAAAGCUCUGCAUUCACCAGUCAGUCCUUCUGCAGACCAUUACUGCUUGUGAUUUUGUUGGGCACUGGGUGAGCGGCUCAGCAGGCAGAGAAAGCACGGGAGCUGAGAAGGCAAAAGGGUCUUCAGCCUAUGAAGGAUGUGGUGUCAUUUUUGAGUUAAUCAGUAUUUGUGUUGAGAGGAGGUAACAGACAAGCCAGUAUUUCUGUCAAUCCUUCAUGACACAUCUGAAAAGUUAUCUAGUGCGUUUCUUUAGGCAGGAGGUAAUUGUUUGCUUUAUGUGUUGCAGCUGCUUAACUAGUGUGCAUGUUUUUAGCUGUAACCAAUUCUUGUCUUAAAGCAAGGGCUGUCUUACAACGUGAUGGCAUCUUGUUAAAGGACUUCAAACUGGGCAGUUCCAGGCAGUAAUAAUCAAAGUUUGAUGUACAGACUGUUUGGCUUGUAUCGCAUUUUACAAAGUUCAGCUUCUUUCUCUCAGUUCAACUGCUAAAGCAAGUGAGAAGUUUGUUCUCAUUCAACCAGCUGGAAUUGUCCCACAGCAAUUAGAGGUUUAUCCACGGCCACACAGUAACAUUUAACAGUAAGGUAAUUGCAGUUUUGGUGUUUCUGCUUUCUACUAUCAGAUUCUGAGAACAAGACUACUGUGGCAUCUUGCCUGUGACCAUCCUGUGGUCUGAGCAAUGAAGGGUGCAGUGCUGAAAGUGACAGAUGGGGCUUCCUAAGAACAGCAGGCAUCUGUUGAAACUUGGCACUUGAUUUGAUAAAGACUCACUGAGUUUCCAGCCGGAUGCAGGAUUUGUGUGAGCCUUCAGAUCCUGCCUUCUCCAUCCAUCCUGAAGUGCAACUGUGACAGAUGUGGUCUCAAGAAAUAUGAGUUUUGAAUGAUUUGUUCAUGUCGGCUUUCAUUAUUUAAUUAGUUUUGCUCUAUUGUGUAAUAAUAGGGCUCAUAAUGAACAUGAUCUUUCACAGACUGCUUUGAGAGCAUGUAAUAGUGGACAGAGAUUUAGCCAUACUGUAUGUAUUACAUUAUGGAAUUUGGGAGAAGAGAGUUAAUUCAGUGGUGUUUUAGGCAGGAAAUCGAAAUGUGAGCAAUUGGGCACUUAGAAAAGAACUCAGGGUAAGGCAGCUGAAAUUACUUUAAGGGAAAGAAAAAAAAAAAGAGAGAGGAGCUAACAGAUAUCCGUGCAGAAAGAUUUGGGGAACCAAGGUAAGAAAGUUCCAUCUUUUGGAUUGCCUUGGCUUGGAUAAGGAGUUUGUGCUGCUCAGCAUUUCAGCUUCAUGUUCCUGAGUCUGAUGCAAGAGAUUCCUUUUUUCCUCUCUGCGCAUGUGGAAGAUUAAUCCCUGUGCAAAUGCCACCGUAGUACUGCAAUCACAAAAAUAGCAGCGCUGUGCUUCUGUGCACCCCUCUAAUCCACUGCCACCCAGGAGGCGUUGUGAGCACCUGCUUUGUUACGUGGGCUAUCAGCUUCCUCCUGCUUUCGUUUUAUAACAAUGUGUUUUAAUGCCCCGUUCACGUGACGUACCUGAGUGUUACCAAACGUUGUAUAGCUUAAUAUUACAUCUGUAAUUGCAUCUGAAUACUCACUGAGAAAACAUUGCUCUUGACAUUUCAGUGCUGCUUGGACAUAUGUUAAUUAGAAAUGGUCUAACCCUGACGUCGGUGUCGUUCUCCCUCUGGUGUUUGUUUGUAAACAGGUUGGACUGUUAUUAAUUUUUCCCCUGGAUUCAGGUAUCCUCACACAGCCCUGGGCCAACCUCCAGCUCUUCUAGAGCUGUUCCGAGAGCACAGGUGAUGAAGAACAGGCAGAUCUGUCUUUUUUUAACAGUCGAAGGGAAAAAACGAAGGGACGGAUCACGAUGCUCCGAAAGCUCCACGUGUCACCAAGUUCCUAGCCCAGGAGGUGGAGGGAGGCACCUGGCCGAGCAUCCUGCAGGCUCGUGGGCUGGGAGGUGGCCAAAAGUUUGCUCCUGGGCUGCACAGCCACAGCUGCCCUCAGGAGAGGGAGGAAAAGCUGUGCUAAGGUAACGGAAGCAGUGGCACAGUGGGUACCCAUUGGGUGCUGCUUUACAGCUCUCCUCGUUGCUUGGCAACUGGAUGUGGAGGAUCAGUUCAGAGGCUGGUGCGUUUUGCAAAUAUUUGGUCGCGUAUCACAGGGCAUCUUGUCAGCAGUUCAAAGUCUUCCAAAAUGUGUCCUUGGUUUUAUGUGUAAAUCAGUGCAAAUAAAUGGAUGAGCUCACAGUGUGCCAGGAGCUAUCAUGG